CAGCAGACAGGACGUAGAGCUUGACAUCAUUUCUCCUCAGUCCAUGCAAGACGUAGUUCUGCGUUUUAGUUCCCCACAUUCGAGCUGAGAACAAGGGGGGCUUUGGCAGCAGUGGGUUUUCGCAGUGGAAUGAAACAUGAGCAGAGGCGCCUACAGCUGUACAGACAGGAAGUGAAGCUGCCUCAUCUCCGACUCACUUCCUUCACUGUAUUGAACAUUAACAAACAGUUUGACUCCUUUUAGUGUGUUUCACCAUGAAGCCUUGUGCUUUAGUUUUAAAAACUCAUGACAGGAUGGACAGAUAGAACAAGGCCAUAAUGGACGAUCCUGGAUUGAAGAUCCUGUCAUUUUCCACCUCAGAGGCCUUUUUUUUUUUGUAAAGCAACUCAUCAUACACCAUAAAAGCCCCAAUCCAUUUGGCAGGAACAAGCCAAGCCAGAAGUGAAUGCAUGUUACAGCAGUGGUACCUUUAAAUCUUUUCCUCUGGAAAAUCCACCCCAAGGUUUAGUUUGUCUUAGCCAUGAUGUUGAGAAGAAAACUGUACUUAGGUGCUUUGCUAGGUGCUAUUUUGUUUUUAAUGAUAGCUGCUCACACCAUUCAGAAGGCCGGCAUUGUGCCCGUCACAGUUUUACCCUCUCACCACAAUGUCAGGAUACCAACCAUGAACCAGACACAGUUACACCCUAUCACAGAGCCAAGACGAGGUCAUUCGUGUAGCUGUACAUCCUGUAUAGCAGACACGGGUGUGUCAAAGUGGUUUGACCAACACUAUGAUCAUAAACAGAGACCUUACCUCACCGGCAGACACGAUGACAUAGAUCUGCCCUCUCUGAAGUGGUGGCUGUCUUUGCAGUCAUCUGAUGGAACGAUCGAGGAUGUCACCCAGAAGAUGUUUAAGAUAAUUUCCCCUCCACCUAAAGACAAAAUUCCACGGCAAAACCAGUGCCGGAAAUGUGCAGUUGUUGGAAACUCAGGCAAUCUGUCGAAGUCCAAAAACGGAGCCUUGAUAGAUUCCCAUUCAGCUGUUAUUAGAAUGAAUAAGGCCGUAACUGUGGGUUAUGAAGAGGAUGUUGGUAAUCGAACCACCCACCACUUCCUGUACCCAGAGAGUGCGAUCGAUCUGAGACCUGGUGUCCAUCUCGUCCUUCUUCCUUUCAAAUUGAAAGACAUGCAGUGGUUGUCCAGCGCCCUUUCCACAGGAGAGAUCAAAAUGACGUACAUGAGAGUGAAAAAUCGUGUAGAAGCUGACAAAGACAAGGUGAUGGUUGUGAAUCCAGCCUUCUUUAAGUACACACAUGAAAACUGGACAGAGCGUCAUGGAAGGUAUCCGUCCACUGGGAUAGUAGCCAUUAUAUUUGCUUUGCAUCUUUGUGAUGAGGUGUCAGUGUUUGGAUAUGGGGCAGACAAGCAAGGAAACUGGCACCACUAUUGGGAGAACAACAGAUACGCAGGUGCCUUUCGAAAGACUGGGGUCCACAACGCGGAUUUCGAGACUAAGAUCAUUCAUAGGCUCAGCGCAGAGGGCAAAAUCAAACUGUACAGAUGAGCCUGUAAUUAUGGCCUUUAUUGACUCAGUAAUGCUCAGUGCCAUGUAAAUGCCAGGCCAGGACUUGCACUGCAGCCGUAUGGAAGCCAAAGAGACGCAGAUCUGUGAUCCACCCUACCAUUAAUUGACCACUGUGAACUGCACUGAACCAAACCCACAGACAUCAAGCUGUAGUCCUAAGACCUAAUUAACUCCUCCUGUUCUCUAACAGCAUUUUACUCGCUACGUGCCUGAAGAAAAAGACUGAUGUUGCCUUCCUCCCCAGUCAGGCAUUGAAACGUUGAAGAAGAAGAACAGUAAGCAAAUUGGCUUGAUCUAAGCCUCCUUAUAUACUUCUUUCUUAUUCAAGCUGACUAGCCUCACACAGUGUCUGCACUGCAAAUGUGCAAUUUGUGACAACUAGAUGGGUUUCGCGUAUAAUCGACAAAGCUGUCUAAACUGCAAGAAAGAUGUUGAUCAUCAGCUCCAUUCACUUGCAGAUGUUAU